AUGAUCGUAAAUUAUAAGACUUUAUAUCUGGCUCCUUAUAUUAAGUUUUUACAGAGACAUAAUCCUCUACAAUUUAAAAGUAUUAAAAGGACCUACAUAUUUUUUAUAAACAACCCCAGUAUUUAUAACACUAAACGUGGCUUUAAAAUUAUUAAAAUAGACUUAAAAAGUAGAAGCCUUUCUAUAAGUAGCCUGCAAGUUUCCUCCGCAGUACACCCUAUCAUUAUAUAUAGGAUCGACAAUUUCGGUUUACUUGAACUAAAAUCAAUAAAAGUUUGUCGAAGAGAUAUAGUUACUCGCCCUCACUUUUACCCAGUUACCCAUUUAGAUAUUAAAGAGAAUAUUACCCACUCUGAUCGUCUUGACCAAAAUAAGAGCCGGAAAGACCUCGACGUAAUACGCUCUAUUCUUGGCUACCUAUGGCCUAAAAGGCAGCCACUUUUAAAGGUCAGAAUCAUCUUUGCUUUAGGUUGCUUAAUAUUGGCCAAGCUUCUCAAUAUUCAAGUACCCAUCUUUUUUAAAGAGGCUGUGGAUGCUUUAAACCAUCCCGAGGAAACCCCGAAUCUGGAAAUUGGCCUUUCUCUUUUUACCGGAGCUGGCACUUUGUUACUUGGAUACGGAAUUGCUCGUGUACUUGCUUCUUUUUUUAACGAACUUCGGAAUGCGCUCUUUGCUAAGGUGGCUCAAAACAGCGUUCGAAGACUAUCGAAGGAUGCUUUUCUGCAUUUGCAUUCUCUCGACUUGCAGUGGCAUCUGUCCCGCCAGACGGGUUCCGUUUCCCGUGCAAUCGAGCGAGGGACCAGAGGUAUACAGUUUUUAUUGAAUUCGGUGUUGUUCAACAUUGUCCCUACUGCUUUUGAAAUUGCUCUUGUCUCAGGAGUUCUGACGCGUAACUUUGGGUCUUCCUACGCUUUGAUUACUUGUGCCUGCAUAGGAACUUAUACCGCCUUCACUUUGGCUGUGACGCAGUGGCGCACAAAAUUUCGGCGUGAAAUGAAUCGCGCAGACAAUCUCUGUGGAGCUCGUGCUUUAGACUCUUUACUAAAUUACGAGACUGUUAAGUAUUUUAACAAUGAAAAACACGAGGGAGAGCGCUAUGACCAGGCGUUGGCCAUGUACGAAGAAGCCUCCUUGAAAACAGCCACUUCAUUAGCCCUGCUUAACUUUGGGCAAAACGCGAUUUUUUCUGUUUCCUUAUCAGUUAUGAUGUUUCUGAGCGCGCAUAGCAUCUAUUGCGGGACUAUGACAAUUGGGGACCUGGUCAUGGUCAACGGGCUGCUCUUCCAGCUCUCUUUCCCCCUUAACUUCCUCGGAAGUGUUUAUCGGGAGAUGCGCCAGUCCUUAACGGAUAUGAACGCACUACUUUCGAUCAAAGAAAUGCGACCGAUAAUUUCCAUCUCUAAGCGUGGGAGGGCUCUAGAAACUUUGAGGGGAAACGUGGUGUUCGAAAAUGUUUGUUUUUCAUACUCUCCAGGCCACGAGGUCUUACGUGACCUGAGCUUCGAGAUUCCAGGUGGGAAGAGAGUAGCUUUUGUCGGAAGCAGCGGUUCUGGAAAGUCGACAAUUCUUCGCCUUUUAUAUCGUUUUUACGAUCCCUCUUCUGGAAGAAUAUAUUUGGAUGGGACGCCCCUCCCCGAGCUCGACAUUCAGUGGUUAAGAGAAGCAGUUGGCGUUAUUCCACAGGACUGCGUCUUGUUUAAUGAUACAAUUCUCUACAACAUUCAUUACGGAGCCCCUAACAAGCCGGAAGAAGACGUAAAGAAGGCUAUUUUCUUAGCAGACAUUAGUAGCCUGACGGGCCGCCUACCAGAUGGCUAUAGCACUAUUGUCGGAGAGCGCGGCUUAAAAUUGUCUGGCGGGGAAAAGCAACGGAUAGCAAUUGCACGCACGCUUCUCAAAGAUCCAAAGAUCCUCCUCUGCGAUGAGGCGACUUCUGCGCUGGACAGUGUGACAGAGCAGCGCAUUCUUAGCAGCCUGAAAAGCGCUGCACAGAAGCGCACUACUCUUUUCAUUGCACACCGGCUGUCCACCAUUACCGACUGCGACAUUAUUUUCUUUAUGAGGAAUGGAAGAGUAACCGAAAAAGGCAACCACGAAGAACUGCUUUUUCUCGACGGCGAAUAUGCCGAUCUUUGGCGCCGGCAGAACAAAGCACAUCCUUAAAAGAAUAGGGAG